AUGCAGCUUCAUAGGAGCGAAGUCGACGUCAUUCGGCGCAAAUUAAAGAAAUCCGGAGAUGAAGAAACUUCUAAGAAACUCCAGACGAAGAUCGAGGUCCUCCGUGCCUCGACGUCCUCGGACUCAGACUCCGAGGUCGACGUGGCGGCGCUGCUCAGCGACUUGCAGGAGUCCAUGGAGCGGGAGCGUGACCUCCAGCACCAGCUGCAACUGGUGGAGGAGGAGGCUAACGCCAUACGGAAGAACCUGGCCCUGGUGGAACAGGAGAAGGAAGCGCUGGACUUCGAAUUGGAGAGGUUCAAGAUGAGAUUCGGAACCUUAGACGAAUCAAAGAAAUCGGAGAACGGUCGCGGGGCAUCCACGGAGAAAGAGGCGGAGCUACGACUACAGCUGAUGCUGGUGGAGCAAGAGGCAACGGUCAUGCGCAGGAAGAUGCGCGAGCUGGACAUGAAGAACGAGGAGCUGGAGUGCGCCCUCGACCGGCAGAGAAGGUCCAUGCAGUCAGCCAGCGAUGAGACAUCAGGCAAAGCUGCAGAAGCCUCGGCAGGAGCUGAUGAGAGACGUCGCUUCAGCGACGCCGACGAGGACAUGGCGGCCGACUCUAGCGCCCUCAAGCGACAGCUGGAGGACUUGCUUCGCGAGAACGAGGCUCUCCGGGUCAAACUGGAGACCUUCGAGGAACUCAACGCGUUGUACCCAGCAGCGGGCGACACCAAAGCCCAACCCGAGGAUGGAGGUGCGGAGGACCCGCGGGCCCAACGCAUGAAGACCGAGACGGUCAUUGCCUCCCUCAAGCGACGCCUGGUGGAAUCCGAGUUCGAGAACCGAAGCCUUCAGCUGGAGACGGAGAGCCUGCGCAAGCUCAGUGAGAUCGCCGGCGCAAAGGAGCACGGGAAGGGGAAAGUGAAGGGUGCCGAGCACAAACUGCGCUCGCAGAUCGCGCUGCUGAAGACAGAAGCCGACUCGAUGAGGAGGAAGCUCGUGGGUCUAGAGGAGCUGAACGACCGUCUAGAGGAAGCCGCAGAGAGGGCCCUCACGGAGAAAGUAGCCGCCGAGAAAGCACUGACGGCCUCCGAGAAAGAACGCAAACCCGAGCCGGUCACCAGGCAGGAGUCCACGUCAUCGACCGCGUCAGAGGUGGACAACGAACGGCUACAGGUCUUACAAAGUCAGAUCGGGACGCUACAAGAGGAACUAGGGGACCUACUUCUUGUCAUCAAGAGCAAAGAAGUCACACAGGAACAGCAGGAGAAAGAGCUCCAGCAAGUCCGCCAAGAGGCUGAGGAGCUGCGCGCCGACAACGUCAACCUCAAAGAGAACCUCAAGCAGCGCCUCAGCAGCCUCAGCACCGACAAGGACAUCCUGGAGCAGCGCCUCAGCAUCUCCGAGGAGCGGUCCGAGCAACUGGUGGAGGACCUCAGGCGCGCCUGCGCGCUGGUCGAGCCGGGACGAGAUGAGGUUGGAAGAGAGGUUCAAGAGUUUCAGAGGAGCGAGGUCGCAUCCGAUGAUGUGUUUGAGGAACAAGAGGUUAAGACCGAGGUCAAGGUCAACUUUGAGAAAUGUCUUAAGGACCGCAUUGCGCACCUUGAGUCACAGCUCGCCGAGGAGCGGCAGAGGCGCCGGGUCGCUGAGAAGAAAGCCGAGAUGCUGAACGGGGGGUCAACCUCGUCUGGGGUCGACGCCGAGGGCGGGCUUCAGGUCAGCCAGUCCGAGGACGCGGCCUACAAGGAGCGGGAGAAGGAGCUGCUUCGAUUUGAGUUGACCGAAUGUCAUCUAGCUAUCGAUGAUCUGACCACUGAGCUCGCGCAGGAGAAGGAAAGCUUCGCCCAGGAGAAGACAGACAUGGAACGCCGCUUAGCCGAGUACGCUAAGAAAUUCACCUCCCCCAUCCCUCCCGUCUCACCUCCACCACAACCACCAACACCACCACCAUCACCACUUCCUCCACCCGCCGCACCAUCCCCACCACAGACUCUGGACGAGAAGGACCGUGCGGAGAAGCGCUCCGUCUUCGAGCGGGAGAGCGCCGACCUGCAGAAGAAGAUGGAGACGAUGGCCUGGCGGAGGGAGAAGGCGGAGCUGUCGAAGAGGCUGGACGAGCUCAAACGGAAGAUGGAGGACCUGCAGACCCGACCUGACGUAGCGGCCUCCGCGGCGGCUGGAAAAGAGGAACCGAAGCCGGAGUCGCCUGGCCGACCGGACGCCGAAAAGGCCGAACUCAAGAGGAUCCUUGGUAAAUUGGAGACAGAGGUGGAGAUCCUGGAUGGCGAAUGCUGGAAAUAUCGCGAACUGGCUGAGGAGAUGCAGGCUAAGAUGAAAGUGAUGACAGCACAGACCGAGGAACUGAAAGCCUCCAACGACAUCCUGAACCAGGAGCGAUCUGUGCUCCACAACAAGAUCUCCACGAUCCAGCAAGAGCGAACCGAGGUGGACAUCCGCCUGAAGAAAGAGCGCGAGGCCUGGGGAAAAGAGAGGAGCCAGCUGGUGGCCCGACAGGACGCGCAGCAGCAGGAGAACGCCAGAAAACUUAGUGACAUACAGCACGAAUUCGGCCAGUUCCAACUCGAGAAGCGGACUCUACAAGAAAGAACAGUAGAACUGGAAACUUACAUGAAAACCUUGAAAGACAACGAGAAAGACCGCGAAGAGAAACUCCGAGAAGCCGAAACCCGACUCGAGCACCUGCAGGCUUCCUACCGGGCCCAAAUGGCCAAACUCACGGAGGUACACGAGCAGCAGCUCAACCUCACCUCCUCCGAGGGCCGGCUGGAGUUGGACGAGAAGGAUGUAGAGUUGCGCAGCAAGAACCGGCAACUGGAAGAGGUCCUGGCCAAAGUGGAGCUCAUGGAGCAAGAACUGGAGCAGAGUAGGGGCACCAUACACGCCAUGGACGCGCAGCUUCGCUUGCAGGAGGACUCGCGCAGCAAAGAGAAGGCUGAACUCAUCAAGAGCGCCCGCAAUGGCGAGGAUGAGCUCCGAACUGAGAACACCAGGUUGGCCAACGAGAUGCGAGAACUGAAGACCAAGCUGGCCAGCCGGGAGAAGGAUUGGAAAGCAGAACGCAGCGAGCUGCAGGAAGCCCUGGAGAAGCUCAAGUCCAGCCUGAAAGCCAGAGACGCGUCGUGGGAGGGCGACCGCUCCAAACUUGUCGCCAACAUCAAGUCUCUCCAGACCUCCUUGAUGACUCGGGAAGACGCCUGGAAGGCGGAGAAGUCGGAGUUUGUCAACAACAUCACCGAUCUGAGAGGGAAGCUACGCGAGGCUCAGACCAGCUCUGAGAAGAGAACCAAUGAGCUGAUGUCGAGAAUAGAGGCAGCCACGGAGCUGGUGGAGACGCAUAAAGUCAGCGAGGCCAAGUUCAAAGAUGAGAGAAGACGUCUGCUCAAACAGAUUGAAGACAAGGAGAGUGACUUGAAGAAUCAGUCCAAAGAGAUAGAGCGCCUCCAACGUCUGCUGGACAACCAGUCGCGCCGCAUCGAGAACGCCCGACUGGAGAUCCACUCUCAGUACCAGCGGGACGAGAAGAUCUGGAAAGCCGAGAUCGCCGCCAGCCGCUUCAAGCUGGAGGCGGAGUCUAAGUACUUCAAGGAGGAGCUGGCGCGGCUGCAGACGCGGCUGGAGAGCGAGACUAAGGAGAAGGUGGACGCGAAGCGGGAUCUGGAAGCGGCGCAGAAGGAAUCGAAAGAGCAGAAAGCGAUCGCUGAAAGCUCUGUGGAAGAUAAGAUGGCAGCGAGACAAACGGCUGAGAAGGAAUCUCUAUCGGCCAAGAGGUCCAAGCAGCUAGCGGACGAGCUCCAGCGAGACAGGCGGGAGUUGAGCGGCCAGUUGGCCGCCGAGCGAGAGCGCUGCGACGCGCUGCAGAGGAGCUACGCCAACGAGAAAGCCUCCUGGGACGUCAAGAAGAACGAACUCAUGGCUAAGAUAGGAAAGCUUGAGCAGCAGACUAAACUAAAGAAGGUCAAACUGGAAGAGCUCCAGGUGCGGCUCCAGGCCGCGUGGGACAUCGAGCGGGCUGACAACCGACGACUGGUGGCCGAGGCUAACCAGAACUCUCUGGAGACGCGGAGGCAGGCUGACGCGCGUCAGGGCAAGAUGAAGAGGGAGCUGGACAUGGCCAAGGAGAGGUUCGCUAAGGAGAAGAAGGAAUGGGAGGAGGAUAAGCAGCAACUCUCAGACUCCAUCAAAGAGCUUGAGGAGCAGAUGGAGACGAUGAAGGACAUGCAGAAGCGAAGCAGCCAAUUGGAGCAGCGCUACCAGCGAGACCGAGACCUGUGGCGAAGCGAGAGGGCAGACCUGCAAAAACGACUGCAGGGGAGUCUAACCUCACGGAGACUGGAACACAAUAGGAUCGAGACAAUGAUACAGGAGCUGCAAAAGUUACGAAUGAGUGAUGCUUCUACGAAUCAGACAUCUAGUAAAACUGAUGCGCCUUCCAGCCCAAGCCGAUCGUAUGCAGCAGAGCCGCCCACUAAAGGGUUUCAAGAGAUGACGAUUAAAGAAACCAAAAUGUCCAGCGAGAAGGCCGCCCCGCCCAAAACGGAAAAGAGCGACCUCGUGCGUCGGAUGCAAGAAAAGGUGCCAGAGCAUGCUGGGAAGGAUGAGCUUGCCCAUGCGCAAGAAGUGCCUGACGUCAUCAAAGCAUCCGAUAGCAUGUCGGCUAAGAACGCAUUUGACGAGGUGGCUGCAUCGGAGAAAGAUUACAGGUCCAAGUCACAUUCAGACGUUGCCAAAGCAGCCUCCGUGGUCAAAUACUCCAAACCCGUCUGCCAGCGAGCCAAACAGUAUGAGGACACCACCACCGAAACCUCUUCCAUUCAGAUCAUCACCACGGAGCGGCCGCCUCUUGAGGGCGGUAAACGCGACCCCCGUUCCCACACGCGCAGCGCGGAGAUCCUGACGUCAUCAUCGCCCAAACCGAUCAGGAAACAUUCGCCCGAGAAACAACCCAGGGCGCAGACUCCGGAACCGAAGACGUCAUCGGUGCGCGUGCAGCUCUCCCAGCGGAUGUGUUCUACCCCUGUCCCAUCCGAUCAACGGACUGUGAAGGACGAGGAUAGUAAAAGUAGUGAGCACGGAAGCAACAGUAACAGUAACUCGAACUCGGCGUCCUCGUCACCGGCGCUGAGUGACAAGCAACGGGACUCACUACCGGGGAAGCUCACCGCCAAGCCGGUGCUGACCAAGUUCGGUCGGUUCGACGGCCAGGGACUACUCCGGGAAACCGACCGGAAAUCCUCGCCCGUGGCCUCGGAUUCCGAGGUGAGAUUCGAGACGGACCUGGAGAAACGCAUGGCCGAGAUGGACAGGAGCCGGGUGACGUCCACGAAGAAGAUGUUUGAGCAGAACCUGGCGCGGGGCGCCGGGACUCUGCCCAGCCGCGCUCUGUCGCCGAGGCGAGAUCCCGACAAUGUCUCAGAUAACGACAGCGAUCGUGAGCGUCACACAGACACUGAACUGUACACACGUUGCAGCCCAUCGACAUCGGAGCAGGACAUCACCAAGCAAUCCCUUCUUAAAGACAGUGCGCCCCCUCCAGCCGCGGCUCUGAAGGGCGUAGGGGCAAGUGCUCCGUGUGGCCUUGAUUCCCAAAGUGCUAGGAACACUUCUACCUCCAAAACAAGUGAGCAUGCGAAGAGUCAGCAGCUUAUAUCCCCCAGUGCUUCCAAACCAAACAGUAAUACGGCCCCGGUGAAAGCCGCUAGCUCAGUCCCGGGUAUCAAGGGCCCCAGCCCCGGUGGCUCGCCCAGACUGCCCCGCUCAGUGUCCAGCUACCCCUGUGCACCACCGGGCUUCCUGCUACCAAAGAAAAUGAACGAGGUCCACGCCACGACCAAGCGGUCCGAGAGCGUUCCCGUCCCGGCCCAGUCUCCCCCGCCCACCUGGAGGCACUCUUCUGCCUCGGGGAAGAAUUUCAACAUCCCCUUGCCACCUUACCAGUUGACGGCUUUGCAGAACGCUGAGCCUCUUUCAGUCCUGCCAGGUCAGUUGCCGCGGACUAAGAGCCAAAUGCAAGCCAAGACCAGACCGGUGUCUGAGGUGCAACAGCUGCAUCACCUGAGCCAUCACACGAGUGAAUCAGAGUCCCCAACGUCAAGACGUAAGAGGAUCUCGCCUCGCUCGGCCAGAGCCAACUUCUUCUCGGAUCUCCCCCCGAGUCUGCUCAUGCAACAGCAACACAUCGUCAAAUCUACUCCGGACAGCAACACCACCGCCCGUGAACCCAACAAUAACAAUAACAACCCCUGCCAUCGGCCGUCGCAACUCGGUGUCUCGGUGACUAAUAACAACGAGACGGUUGGUGGCGCUACAGCCAGUCAGUCUAGUCCCCAGACUCACUGCCCACCCUCUAAGAGCUCCCUGUGGAGCGCUGCACCUGCUGUGUCACUCCCCCAGCACCACUCUCACAUUAAAACUGAGGAGCACAGUCACAAAGUGAUUGAGACUCAAGUGACAAGCUCCAAGCGUCCAUCAGCUGCCGUCUCCCCAACACGGAGACUAACCACCUCUCCAGACUCGGGAUCCCCACACAACAAAAAAUCUAUCGUGUCCAAGCACAAGAAACGACCCAAGUCCAGUGACUCUUCCCAUGGUGCACCUGCGCGAUCCGUGACCUUUGCCCCGCCGACCAGUCCCUCCAGUCCCACCAGCCCGCUGAAGCCAAACGCUACCCGCGUCACCGUGGUAUCGUCCAAGAAAACCGUGAACACGGUGGAGACGUGCCGCGUGGUGAGCUCUUCCACUAGUGAUAAAGGGGCAGCUGAUGCUGCAAAAACCACGGUUGAAAAACCGCAGGGGAAGACAGGCCAGGAGCCUCCCCUGAAACCGGCCCCUACAGCCUCGCUAGACGAAAUGCUCCCCGGCCAAGUCGGCAACGCACCGGCCCUGACCGCUCUCUUCCCCCGGCCCUCUCCGAGCACCGGCCGCCGCUUGCCGGCGCGCUGGCUGGCCAGCAAACGCCUGAAGACCAACGCGGAGCCCCCGGCGCCGUUCUACCCGGACCGCCUUCCCUCGGGGUCCUCCGUCUCCGACUGCGACUUGGCAACGGAGCAAGACAAUUACUCGGUGUUUUCAACGGAGGAUGGGAAGUUUAAGAGGAAACGGUCCGGCGUUGAGACAACAGUCUGAAUUACAGAUUUUGUUUUUAUUAAAACCGAAAAGAUAAUGCGUUCAAACCAUUCUCCUAUCUUGAUGAUCGUUUCUCUGUAUAGGUUUGGAAUUGGCCAUAUUGAACGAGUGGGGACGCUGUAGCAGUGUAACGACAUUCUUUGUAAAAAAAAGAAGAAGGAAAUGUCAGGUUUAUUGAAGUUUACUUUACUUCAUCUACAAAAAUUAGAGAAUGCAAUGUCCGUUUGUACCAUAAAAAAUGGAGUCGUUAACAGCGCCCUCAUCCGAUAAAAAAUGUGGAAAUAAUUACAGACUAGACUGGUUCCUGCUCCCUUGCAUUCGAAGUCAGAAUCGAUGAUGGAGGGACUGGGAACCAGUCUAUGCUAUAAACUUUAUUCAGUUCUGAGCUAACCACAA